CUCUCGUUAGUCGUUUCUCAUUGUAUACUAACAGAAAUCAUCUUCUAUCUUACAAAUUUCACCGCCGCCUUCCUCCUUCGGCGACAUCAGCCACUGCAGGUCAUCGCCACGUCCACCACCACACAUACCCCAUCAUGGACAAAGAAGUUCCGAGCAAUAAACAGAGAGAAUCCGAUGGCCGUCGGCGCAGGUCCGAAUCCAGAGCCAGGGAUUGGGAUGCGCGCAGCCAGACCUCCCAUGAGAGGUCCAAUUCUGUUGAGCGAAAGAAGAGGAAGUAUAAGGGGGAGAGGGAGGAGAUGGAUCGAGAUGUAAAUGAGAGGAAGAAAAGGAAGGAGAUGAGUGAGAAUGAGGAGAGGAGCAAGAGAACUAGGGUUUAUGAAGACAAUCAGAGGGAUAUGCGUAGGUUCGAGGAUGUUAGGGCUAAGGAGGGUGACAAGGAUGGCGAUGAGUUUGGAUGGGUGAAGCACGAGCCGCGCAAUGAGGUUGCAACUAGAUCAGUUGCCGGCUCAAAUGGGGGCUUGUCCCGUGAUACUUUAGCCAAAGCUAAGUUAGCUCUUCAAAAGCAGAAAGAGCUUGCAGAGAGGAUGAAGAAAAUUUCUUCAUUGAACAGGAACAGAGAUGCGAGCUCAACUGAAGUGGGUAAUCAAAGAGUGGGUGAUAAAGUGGGAGCGAAAACUUCUUCCUCAGGCAUACGCCCGAGUCGAACUAGUGCCCCAGUCAGUGUUCCUUCUGAAGGGAUGCCAAGCACACCGAAUCCUGCUGCCCCAUUACAGGCAGGUGUGCCUGAGAUUACUGGACUAACAGCACGAAACGUUGAAGCUGUAAAACGUGCACAUGAAUUGGCUGCUAAAAUGGGAUUUUGGCAAGACCCUGAGUUUGCUACUGUCUUCAAUGCAUUUCCAGGACAGUUGCCGCCGGAUAUUUCCUUCCAACCGAAACCUUCAAAAGUUCCUGUUCUUCGUUUGGAUGCAAUGGGCCGGGAAAUUGAUGAGAAGGGGAAAGUUGUGGAUAUUCCAAAAGCGCAAAGCCUUAGUACUCUCAAGGUGAAUAUCAACAAGCAAAAGAAAGAUGCCUUUCGAAUUCUUAAACCUGAACUUGAUGUGGAUCCUGAAACAAAUCCACAUUUUGAUCCUAGGGUAGGGAUUAAUAAAGAUAAGCUAUUAAGGACUAAGAGGCCGACAAUGCUGUUUGUUGAGGAAGGCAAGUGGUCAAAAGAUGCAGAAAGCAUUAAACUGAGGUCUCAAUUUGGAGAAGCAAAAGCCAAGGAGCUCAAGACAAAGCAAAUCCAGCUGGCAAAGGCAAAAGCAGAGCCAGAUAUUAAUCCAAAUCUGAUAGAAGUAGGAGAGAGAGUGAUUACCAAAGAAAAGCCCAAGGAAUCAAUUCCUGAUGUCGAGUGGUGGGAUGUGCCAUUUCUGCAUUCUGGUAGCUAUGGUGAUAUAAUUGAUGGUGGCAUAGACCGAGAGAAGAUCAAGAUGGACAAAAUCACCAUAUAUGUUGAACACCCUCGACCAAUUGAGCCUCCGGCUGAACCAGCUCCGCCUCCACCUCAACCUUUAAAGCUAACUAAGAAGGAACAGAAGAAACUUCGCACACAGCGUCGGUUGGCCAGGGAAAAAGAUAGGCAAGAGAUGAUUAGACUAGGUGUUUUGGAGCCACCAAAACCUAAAGUGAAAAUGAGCAACCUCAUGAAAGUUCUUGGAUCAGAAGCAACACAGGAUCCCACAAAGCUUGAAAUGGAAAUAAGAAGUGCUGCAGCUGAGCGUGAGCAGGCUCACAUUGACAGGAACAUUGCCCGUAAGCUCACGCCAGCAGAGCGCCGUGGAAAGAAAGAGAGAAAGCUAUUUGAUGAUCCCAGCACCCUUGAUACAAUUGUUUCGGUUUACAAGAUCAAUGACCUCUCUCAUCCCCAGGUCCGUUUUAAGGUCGAUGUUAAUGCCCAAGAGAACAGGCUGAGUGGAUGCGCUAUAAUUUCAGAAGGCAUAAGUGUUGUAGUUGUUGAGGGUGGUUCCAAAGCAAUCAAGAGAUACGGGAAGCUUAUGCUUCGGAGGAUUGAUUGGAGUGCUACUGUUGAAAAAGAAGACGAUGAAGAAAAUGAUGAUGAGGAGAAACCAGUUAACAAAUGUGUGCUGGUUUGGCAGGGAACCGUUGCUAAGCCAAGUUUCAACAGAUUUUUCGUCCAAGAAUGCAGAAGUGAGGCAGUUGCACGCAAAUUCUUUUCAGAUCACCGUGUUGCUCAUUAUUGGGAUCUCGCAAUCAACUUCACCCCCGACGAUCCUAUGUAAUCUCGAUGUUUGGACCAGGAUAUUGCUUUCAUCUGCUCUGUGAUUCUCGACUUCUCUUUAUAUUGAAAAUGUCUUUUUAGUAAUCAUGCAUUCGACUAUGUAAUGUUGGGUGUCACUAUUUUUGGGAAAAAUAUUAUGGUUUUCAA